CAUUCAUGCACCUUAAACAGCUAGCCUGAGAAUAAAACCAGUCCUCUUUCUUAGCUAUUGCUAGACGAACCUUUGUAUUCAUAUCACCAACUGCCAGAUGAAGAUGGAGUACCAGAACAUUUCUAACAGCUCUCUGUUUGCCCGUGCCUCAGUGGAGGAGCUGGUUUCCAGCACCGUUCUGGGACUGUGCUGUGCUCUGGGUGUACCAGGUAAUACAGCGGUGAUGGUCAUGCUUGCCCAACAUUUAAAGGAGGGCAGUUUCACCCCAAAACUGAUGCUGAGUCUGGCCGUCUCUGAUCUGCUGAGUCUGAUUUUUCUGCCUGUGUGGAUCUAUGCGCUUCUUAACGGCUGGGUUUUUGGCCGAGGGUUGUGUAAGUUACUUUCCUACAUAGUGUACUGGAGCCUUUACAGUAGUGUGCUUUCUGUCACCUUGUUGAGUGUGCAAAGGUUCCUGCAGGUGCUGUAUCCACAGCGAUGGGCGAAGCUUGGACAGAAGGGCCAAAAGGGACUGAUUUUUGGAAUAUGGAUAUCAAGUGGAGCUCUGGGUUCUUAUGCUCUUUAUUUCCGAAACGUGAAGCAGAAGAUGAAUGGGCUUCUGGAGUGUCAUCAGGAUUAUAGAAAUAAUCCAGAAAAACUAGCCGUCUUACUAGUUGAGACUCUAGUGAUGUUUGUUGUGCCUCUCCUCAGUCUGUUGUUCUUCUACCUUCGACUUUAUCAACGGAUACAUCAGUCAGCUUCCUUCAAAAGCCACAGGUUUACAAAACUGGCCGUCAGAAUUGUAGUGGUCUUCUUCAUAUUUGGGACCCCGUGUAUGAUCAACAAUUUUGUCUUAAUGGCAUUGUCAUGGAAAACAGCUGUAAGCAAUAAUAUAACCGGGGCUCUUUUCUUUAUCAACAGUUGUGUGAACCCCUUUCUUUAUGCCUUUUCAGCUCGAACGCUGCGGUGCAGAAGAAAACAACAUUUGGAUGAGCCACAACAUCAGAAUGAAACCGAGUAAACCCCUUAACUAAGAAUGUGCACAUUCUUUGGUCUUUCGACAAGGUCAAAAUAUUCUUAUGCAAUUUUUUUUUUCUUAUUUUACCUAAAAGGAAGUGCAUACAAAGCUUUUCAUCAUACUCAUUUCCUCAAUUUGUGC